AUGAAUAAAACAAGAACAAGUUUUGCUACUUUAAGAACUAAAACUCAAAUUAAUUAAGCUAGCCAAGGAACACUUCCUUGCCCAUCACAUCCUUCUUUUAACAUCUCCCACGUUUGUUUAUGUACAACUUGUACAUUAUCAAUUUCAUUUUGUUCUGAAUGUCUCUUUGAAACUUAGCAUUAACAACAUUUGGCUAAGCACAAAGAACACAUUAUUGGAUGGAAUGACUUAAUGAUUCUGUGUAGAAGACGAGCCAUAAAAAGAAUUGAAUCAAAUAGUACUUUCCACCCAGGCUCAUCAAGCAAGCUAAUUAAGACCUAUAUCAAAAAUUAGGAAUAAUUGAUUAACAAUGAUUUUGAUGGAUUAAUAACUAAAUUUACAGAAAUGAUUAAUAAAGUUAAAGCUGAAUUUAUGGCUCCAUAUAAAAACUAUUUGCAAGAUCUAAUGGAUAUGGGAACUAUAUUAGAAAAAUUAGUGUCUGACUAUUAUUUAGAGAAAAAUAAGGAUUACAAUAAUGAUUAUGAUAAUUUCUUAAGUGAAGUUAGCAAGUUAUAAGAUCAGCAAACUUCUAAUAAGAAAACUGAUUAAAAUCAAUUUAAUCUUAGAAAAUUAAUGUAGAAUAUAAUACCUCUGGUCAGCAAGGCAAAUGGUUAAUUUUAGAGAGCACUGUAAUAAUAAAAUUUGAAUGUAGAGGAGGGAGAAUCUCAAAAGUCAGGAUAUUCAUUAUUCAGUAAUAUGGCAUUGAAGCAAAGUGAUAAUUAAGUCUUAAAUGAUUUGGUGAAUGACUAUAAAGUAUUGUUAAACAGUAGACCUUGUUAUAAAAAUUAAGGAUUAGCCUAAUAAACAUACAAUGGAAUGUAGGAGUUAAUAGAUAAAUGCUAUCACUCUUUGACUUAAGUAGACUUUAUGUCUCCUGGCUACAAAAGUUAAAUGAUUAAAAUGAACAAAGAAAAUAUCAGUUUAAAGCAAUAGCUGGCCUCUCCAAAAGGCACUAAAUACUUGGAAACUAUCAUUAAGGAAUAGAGCACUAAAACAUUAAAAUAGUUAACUAAAUUAGAGGAAGAUGAGGCACGAAGUUAAGAGAAAUGCAAUUAAAGCAUAGAUUGA